AUGCGCUCUAGACAUCAGGCCCCUGCGCGUUACGCGCGGGCACUCUUGCAAUUCAGCGCAACGUCCGAGCCGCAUUUCGCGGAAAUCCUAGUUGGGCCCCUACCUGUUUCAGAGAACACUACUGAAUGGCAGACUUCGGACUUUCCAUGGACCCGAAAGACCAGUGGCAGAGUGCGCGACCUGCGUGUCGACAAGAAGAGCGAAUCGUACCAGCACUGGUUGCACGAAAUCGGAAUAUCAGUCUCAGACAUUACCCAGUUCCUUCUGAACGGUGCUGCCGUGGGCGCGGCUAAUGAUUCGCUACACAUUGUGCCCACUGAUCCACUCGGACAGAAAGAAGAUGGGCAAAUCAUCACCUGGUACACUUUUCGUGGGGUGUCCUCCGCAAGGUUCGAUAGCUCAACACUUCUGCCGACUGGCCUCUACUUUGAGGCUGAUGUCACUGGAAGGGAUCCCCACUCUUGGGAAAUCUUAUCAUGGUUCUACGACAAUGAGGCAUACUCCACUACACAAGAACUCAGAGACGCCUGUCUCUCCGAAAGCUUUGUCAAACUGGGGAUGAACUUCAACGGCGAUUGGGUGGGCACCGAUGCUCAGCAGCCCGUGCUGCCAUUGGACAUCAUUACGCCUCCGAUGGGUCUCAGCGCAUUGCGAUACUCUUUGGAUACGGAUGAAGGCUCAAUAUCAUGGAUGGGUUUUGAAUUUUUCCUGGGGUUCAGCCAGGAAACGGGCCUGGGGCUUUUUGAUCUCCGUUUCAAAGGGCUGCCUCUGAUUUUCGAGCUCAGUCUGCAGGAGGGGCUAGCUCACUAUGCUCGUUUGUUCACGCAUAUACUUAGUCAAGCUUGUUGUCCGUGCUCAAAGACCAAAAUCUAUCCAGGCCGCAAUCCAUUCCAGUCCAACCCCGCCCCUCUGGACUCAGCCGAUGAAUUUGGCACGCAUGCGUUCGAGCUCUUACCUGGCUACGAUUGUCCAAUCGGCUCAUCCUACCUCGAUGUCACAUACUUUCAGGCCGGUAGGCCUAUGAUCCACAAGAAAGCGAUCUGCAUCUUUGAGGCCACAGCUGACGCACCCUGGCAGCGGCAUACAGCUGCUGGGUAUGUCACCGCGAGCAAGAAGGUUUAA